CAUAUAUGAUUAAGACAUGUUUGUUUUCUGUUUUUACAGCCGAGUUCUCCGAAGUUGUCAUCUGUUGGAAGGAAGCUGGAGAAUUUGAUGUUUGAACCUCAUACCCCGACACACAGUAACAAUAUGUCUAAUGGGACCACUAACUCAUCUUUAACACCAGGCAUAAUCUCACCACCACCACCUUCCACACGAUCACGUACAAAGUCGUCGCCGGCCACGCCUUCAACCCCGCCCCCUGUGCCACAGAGGAACGACAUCAAUGAAGAUCUAGCGUCUAUAUUUAACAACACUUCAACUCCUCAACAAAAUCACUUUACAAACAACAACGUAAAUAAUAAUGUGUCAAAUCCAUUUGCAAGCCCCGGUGGCACACAGUUCAGUAAAGGGCCAAGUGACCCUUUUGGGAAUGACAUAUUUACCCAAACCCCAAAAGUCAAGGGCUGGUUUCAGUCAUGGAUUAUCAAUCGGCAGUGCUGA